UUAAUCUUUUGUACUAAAAUGUUAAUACAAAAAAUAACGUAAUUUUAAAAUGUAUGCAACGUGAUACUAGAAUGAGUAUCAUAAUUUUUUUGGCAAAGAAAACCACUUUUCUCGUCAAACAUCAUUUCACGUCGCCACGGUAAACAGUAACGUAAUACAUAGAUAUAUUGUUGCUUAACUAAAUGAAACAUACUACUAUAGGUAGAUGUUUUUAAAAAGAUGUAACCAAUGGUUAAGAGGGUGGAAUCUGAUUGGUAGAAUCUCUUCGAGGGGCGGAUAGCAACGUGCAGGCUGGUAUAUAGUUAUUUCAGUCUGCGCUUUGUAUCUCUGAAAAUAGAGUCUUUUUCAUCGUCAGAAAGUUUGCUACAGUUUUCUAGUAGCAACGCCUUUUUUGUUUCGUGAAACCACUCGAAAUAUUAGUAGUUGAUUGUGGGCGGCUGUUUAAUGGUGUUAAAUUAUGAGGGAUUUUUUUGAAAGAUACAAUUACAAGUGCUUUUGAAUAACAAUCCAACGUUGUGUAUACAAAGAUGAAUAGUGGAAAAGCGAGAGUACCAAAAUGUGCUAGAUGCCGUAAUCAUGGCUUGAUCUCCAGUCUCCGUGGUCAUAAGAAAGCUUGUGCUUAUCGCAACUGCCAAUGUCCUAAGUGUGGCUUGAUAAAAGAACGACAGAGGAUUAUGGCGGCUCAGGUGGCUUUAAAAAGGCAACAAGCGGCAGAGGAUAAAAUCGCUCUACAUUUAGCGUCAGUGGAGAGCGGGACGUCUUUGGAGGCUUUGCCACCGGGAAGAAUCUAUGGUAUGAGGGUCACGGGACCUUGCCAAAGUCCAGGGCCUGAGCCAGAUUCCGCUGCUGAUGACCAUACUCCGAUUCACAUAGACAGUGAGACCAGUGAUUCUCUUCCUGACUGUUGUUCUCCUGAUUCAUCAGAUCGUACUCUGGGACUUCGGCCUUGCGGAACUACAAACGAAAAUUCCGAAAGUGCAAACCCAGUCAGCACAGCAAGUUUGGAAAUGUUAAAGAAGUUAUUUCCUGGAAAAAAGCGAUCAGUCCUCGAAUUAGUUCUACGAAGAUGCAACCACGACUUACUGCGAGCAGUUGAACAUUGCAAUGCUAUUCAGGGCUCCAAAGAAAAAUUGCCAACCAUAGUACCACCUUUAAGCUAUGAAUUGCCCAACCCAGAAGAACCUUCGAGAUGGUCAGCUUUCAGACCUGUAGGGCCUCGUACACCCUCGCUUAUGUCGGCUUUGGUUAUGGGGAGGGUCUGUGGGUCUGAUUGGUUGGUGCCUCUUCCUGCAUUACCAGCUCUGUCUGCUCCUCUACUAUUACCGUUCCAACACCCACAUGCCCCACCACCUUGCAAUCCCUGUGCGCCUGACUGUCGACAGUGUAACAGCCAUCAUUAGAGAUUGUUAAAUAUGA